AAUUCUCAUAAUUUUUGCAAAAGGCUGUAUAUCCGUAUGUUUACAUAUAUCUGUAUAUCAUAUGUAUUGCUUUAUAGAAUGAUUGUGCCGCAGCUAGCCUUCCAUUUGCUCAGAGCACUCCGGCCCCAAAGUUUGCGUCCCAGCUUCAAGUGACCGCUACUCCAGGAGGUAGUCUUUUCGUUCCAGAUACAAGUUAUGAAGAAUCUCAAGAAUCAGAACAAGAUACAGCUGAUUCAUCGCUUACUCUCCUUAACACGUAUCUCAGAAGCCGAAGCAUAAGUCCAGUACGUUACACUCUACAGAAACCAUGGGAUGAAGCAAGUAGUAGAACUAGACGAGAGCAUGUACGCAAGGCAAAGCAAGCGAUUACAGCAGUUGUCGACGACAUUGCUCCUGGUCAGGCAGUGCAAUUAUGGCGUGAGCUUUUGAAGAGAGAAAUGUUUUCAGAUGUCAAUUAUGAUGAUGCUGCUCUAGAAACUAGUCUUGAUGAAACGCUCAUAAGAGAACUUUCAGUGUGCUACAACAAUGCGAGUGGCUGGGCUACGAGAAGGCAAAUUUUGUCCUAUAUGGCCGACAAGUUAACAUUUAAACAUAUUCAGAAGUACAUACCAGGAAUAACUAGAUACCGAUUCACAAUAGCCAGAAAGCACAUUCUUGAGCAUGGUAAGGGCGUGGCUCCUCAAACAAAAAGUACAAGAAUAGCAGUGSCACCUGAAAAGCUUUCACAUUUUCUGGACUUCAUUACGAGUCCACAUUUAAUUCAAGAUUUGCCGUUUGGAUCCAAAACAAUCACCCUGUCAAACAAAGAGGUAAUUAAAGUCCCCAAUGUCAUCCGGAAUAUGAUACCUGAAAGGAUUGUCAGCCAGUAUCAAGCUUUUGCAGAAGAGUCCAGUUUCGUUCCAAUGAGUCGUUCGACGCUUUUACGAAUACUCCGCGUUUGUUCAGCUUCCACAAGAAAGUCACUCCAAGGACUUGAUUACAUUACUGCAGCUGGGACAGAGGCAUUUGAUUGUCUGGAAGAUGUAGUCAAUCGUUUGGAAGAAAUGGAUGGCAAGAUAUCGACGGGUGAAGCAAGACAACUAAAGGAUAAUCUAAAGACAGCAAAGCGGUACUUAAAAAACGACUACAAGGUUCACGUCUCAAAGAGCUCAAAUGUUCCUGAUCACUGCAGACCUUAUGCAUUAAGUGAUCCCAAAGAUGCUGAUUAUCAAUCUCUUUGUACGCAUAAACAUGAUGAAAUCUGUGAACAAUGUGAGUUGAUGGUUACUACAUUGCAGAGUAUUGAAGACGCAGUUGCAAGCUUAUCUUGUUCUGAAAAGGAAGAGUUACAGUUUUUAACCAAAUCUUCGAAGCAUGACAUUUUAUCAUACAAAGCCCAUCUUUUAAGGUCUGUUAAUCAAGAUGAGGCGCGACUAGAUAACAUAUCGUGUUUAGAUGAAGAUUCUGUUUUAUUGGUUCAAGAUUGGGCGAUGAAGUUUUUGCCCCGAAAAUUUAGAGAAANUGGGGCAAGGGGGCCUGCGACAGAAAGUCAGCCACAAUAA